AGCUCCGGUCUCCGACCACACGCACGUGUUUACGGAAAGAGCUGUUUAAUAUCAAAUGCGUGUUCAGAGAGUGUUUUACAGUAAAUUAGGAUUUUAGUUUUAUCAUCUUCUGUUAACUGACAUCGUGUUUAAUCGGCAGUAAACCUGUCAUGUUUAAGUUACUGUCUACAAGAACUCAAUAAGUUCAUAGGGACCUCCAGAAACACGCCGUCCUAAUUGUUUAGUAAGAAACUAAGCAAAAAUGCCCAAAUCCGUAAAGAAGCACACCAGGAUGAAAGAUCAGAGCUCAGACGAUGAAGAUGAUGCUGUAGAGAUGGAGAAGAACUUUGCUUUGCUCAGUCAAAGGGGUGCGAUGCAGACGUCUGCAGAGGAUGAAGAAGAGUACUUUGAGGAUGAAGAUGAGGAAGAGGGACCAGAAGAGGACGGAGAUGACGAAGAGGUGUCAGGAAGUGAUGAUGAUAAGUUAGAUAGCGCUCCCGAAGAAGCCUUUAAAGAAGAAGGAAGCACAUACAUGAAAUCACAUACAAAGGGUGAUAUUAAAAUAGACUUAUCGAGCAUGUCGUUUGAAGAAAUCAUGAAGCUACAGAAUAAAGUUGGAACUAAAGCAUACAACAAAAUCGCUUAUGGUGCCACGAAACAGAAGCAGCAGAACACAGAGCCCAAGAAACGACUGAACAGACACAAACCUCAGGAGAUUUCUGCAAAGAAACGCGUGCCUUACAUCAGACAAGUAGUUCCUGUCAAAAAAAAUAUUUCAAGAGACCCCCGAUUUGAUGACCUCUCAGGGGAAUACAAGCCUGAAGUUUUUCACCAGACAUACAAAUUCAUCGGCGAUCUCAGAGAACAAGAAAUGCAGAUGGUGAGAAAAAAACUAAAGAAAGCUAAAUCUGUGGAAAAAAAGGAAGAACUGAAAGCUUUGCUUAAGAGACUGGAAAACCAGCAGAGAGCUCGGCAGAGGCAAGAAAAGGAGAGAGAAAAGGAACUUCAGUUCAAGAAGAAACUAAGAGGAAUGGUUGGCCAGGGACACAAACCCUUCUACCUGAAGAAAUCCGACAAGAAGAAGAUGGAAUUGGCGGAGAAAUACAGCGAACUGAAGAAGAGCGGCAAACUGGAGAACUUCUUGAGCAAGAAGAGAAAACGUAACGCCACCAAAGACCGCCGGAAGCUGCCCAAUCAGCACAAGGCGCGAUGAACACGGACCAAUCACAGAUCAGCCUGCAUAGAUUAUUGGUCUCUGUAUGAAACAAUGGACACGAGCAUCUACUGGAAGGUUACUCUUGCAUAUUCAGAAAUUGUAAUUUUCAAUUUCACAUGCAGAUACACAGAACUGGUUAUUUUGUUAUUAAGUUUGAUGUUUCACCUUCUGUAUUUUGUUCUUUACUUAAUUAAAAUAUAUGACUUAA